UCACAUACCACAUUACCAUCCUGAUGCUAAUUUAAAGACUGGCGAACCUAAAGAAAACAAUAACGAAGUUAGUAGACAGAAAUCAAAAGAAAGUUGUCCACAAAAGAACAAACUACAAGUUACAUACCAUAUUACUAUCCCGAUGCCGAUUUUACAACAGCGAGUCUAA